UCUUUGUUACUACUUUUCCGUCUGCUGUAAGGUCAUUUUUUAAUUGCUCAUUAGGCUAGACUAGAUAACAUUAUCUGACACAUGUGGAAAUAGAGAGAAACAUGACCGCUCAACACACAUGCUGGACUACAAGCCUUAAGAUGGUGUUCAACGUCCAUGUGUUGACGGUGUUGCUGUGUUUAAGUCAUGCGUUGUGUUUAACUGAAUCUCUACAGGGCAAUAGCCAUUCAAAUUUCUCUGACAAGACAACGAGAAUUAGCAGACCCAACAGUCCACUAGUGAUUGAUUAUGUCCAGCAAGCGAAUGACUCCAAAGCCAGAAGAGGGACUUACAAUGCUACCAGUUAUAACUGGCCCAACGACAUACCAUAUGUGAUCGACCCUUCUUUUACAGGUGAUCGGGUGACUCUGGGUCAAGUCAUGACCUACAUCUCUUCUCGUGUCUGUGUGACAUUUCACAAUGUCACAGACACCUUCGACGAAAGCGAUCCUAACUGGCUCCAUGACCACGGUUACCAGACGAGAGCUCACUUGGUCAUCAGGGAAUCUAACGGAUGUUUCUCAGAGCACGGCCAAGGGGGCGGAGUUGGAAGCAGGUACUCGUCUCCAUGUCAUGAGUUCCACUGCCAUGGAGUGUACGUGAUUGAAGUUGAUGUAAACAUGAUGAAAGUAGAGCGGAUGUUUUUGGUUGUGUUGACAGAAGAAGCUUCUGAUGAAACCUCGGGGUGUUCUGUCGUAAUUUUAAGUGAAAUAAAAAGGACUAUUGUGAGAGUUGAAGGGGUUAUUAGCAAGUGA